AUGUUGCCUGCCGAACUUAUUGCGUCAAUCCCGGCGCCCUUUCAGCUCCUGCUGAUCGGUGUUGGAGCUCUGUCCUUUGCUCGCUUCCUUUUCAGCUACCUCCGUGGCCUCGUCGCCAUUUUCAUGCUUGGAGGCACCAACCUUCGAAAAUAUGGCAAGCCAGGCACCUGGGCCGUAGUUACUGGAGCCUCCGAUGGCCUCGGUAAAGAGUUUGCCCACCAGCUCGCCAGCAAGGGGUUCAACCUCGUUCUCGUCUCCCGUACCCUCUCCAAGCUCGAGACUCUUGCCGCCGAACUCGAAGAAAAGUACUCGGCAAAGGGUCUGCAAGUCAAGGUUGUCGCAAUGGACUAUGCCCAGGAUCGCGCCGAAGAUUACGCUGCCCUUGCCAAGGAAAUUGACGACCUCGAGGUCGCAAUUUUGAUCAACAACGUUGGCCAGAGCCAUUCCAUCCCCGUGUCCUUCUUGGAGACAUCGCCCAAGGAGCUGCAGGACAUCGUCACCAUCAACUGUCUCGGUACCUUGAAGACCACCCAAGUUGUCGCGCCCAUCAUGGCUCGUCGUCGCAAGGGCCUCAUCUUGACCAUGGGUUCCUUCGCCGGUUGGACCCCGACUCCCUACUUGGCCACCUACUCCGGUAGCAAGGCCUUCCUCCAGCAUUGGAGCACCUCUCUUGCUGCCGAGCUUAAGCCCCAAGGCGUCGAUGUGCAUCUAGUCCUCAGCUAUCUCAUCACAACUGCCAUGUCUAAGAUCAGACGAUCGAGCUUGAUGAUCCCGAACCCGCGGAACUUUGUCAAGGCGGCUCUUGGAAAAGUGGGAACUGGCAGCUACCAAACCGCGCCCUCUACGUACACCCCAUGGUGGUCCCAUGCCCUUUUCCUCUGGAUUGUCGAGAAGACUGUGGGCCCCAUGCAUCCUAUCACCGUCUCGAUCAACCUCAAGAUGCACCAGGACAUCAGGAAGCGCGCCCUGCGCAAGGCUGAGAGGGAGGCCAAGAAGAAUUAA